AUGCGACGAGGAUUGGGAGUGAAAGGCGAAGAGGCUCUGAUGGAGCGCACGACAGGGAUGACGUCUCGGAAAAUGAGGGGAUUCACGUUGUCAUCGAUGACUAGAAUCAAGGUUCUUCACUCUCUUGCUCGUUGCCAUUCUUUUUUCGAGUCUCUCAAGUCCCUGUUUGUUCCAGGGACGUACAUCUGGAGCAAGCCUGUGAUGAAAGGAACGCACCCUUCUCCUCGGGACAGCCACAGCCCCACGGCCGUCGGGUCUAAGCUCUAUGUGUUUGGUGGUACCGAUGGAACCAGCCCGCUAGAUGAUCUCUUUGUUUUGGAUACUGCUACCAACACCUGGGGGAAACCCGACGUUUUUGGUGAUGUUCCUGCUCCGAGAGAAGGACAUAGCACAUCUCUCAUCGGUGACAACCUGUUAGUGUUUGGGGGAUGUGGGAAAUCCAGCGAUCCCUCAGAGGAGGAGUACUACAACGACCUCCAUGUUUUGAACAUGAGUAAUAUCCUGUUAUCUUUCCUGGUCGCCUAUUCCUCGGGAUAUCCAUAA